UCUUUGUUUCAUAGUUACAUACAUACGCAAAUACCCAUAAAUACAAAAUUACAUGCAUUUAGCUGGUACACUAUUAUUGUUUGGUUGUAAUUAUUAUUGUUUCCAAAAUCCAAAUAAAGAAAUUUUAUGACUUUGUUUCCUUCUCCGUAGGCCAUAGAUAAAUAGGAAAGUGAAGAAAUCAAACAAAACAAGAGUCUUCAUAUAAUGGAUUUUUAUCAUCCUUUGAUUUCUCGAAUCCUCAGCUUAUUUUCUCCACUCUUCCACCCACCACAACAAUUCUUCUUCCUUCAGAUUCACCUUCUCUAGCCUUUCUCAACAACAACUCCAAGAUUCCAUACUAUAUAGUAUAACACAUAUUAUAAGAGGAAAAGUAUAUCAAAAAAGUUGAGGAGUUGCAUGAUGGGGCAUUUAUCAUCUAUGUUCAAUGGAUUGGCAAGGUCAUUUUCACUAAAGAAAGGAAGAAGAAAUUCUGUGAGAUGUGAAAGGAGAGAAGCUGUUGAAGCAAUGGCUAAAGAAGCUAAGAAAAAUGAUUUGAUGCUGUGUAGUUCAGGAACUGUCAAUGUUGAUGGUUCAAACAACUUUGCCUCAGUUUUCUCCAAAAGAGGUCAGAAAGGUGUCAACCAAGAUUGUUGCAUUGUGUGGGAGGAAUUUGGAUGUCAAGAGGAUAUGAUAUUCUGUGGAAUAUUUGAUGGACAUGGACCAUGGGGUCAUUUUGUGGCCAAAAGGGUAAGAGAGUCAAUGCCAAGGUCAUUGCUAUGCAAUUGGCAAGAGACACUUGCUUCACAAUCUUCACUUGAUGAUGAUAAGGAUAUUGAUCAUGUAAAGGCAGUAGCUACUGACAACAAGCAACACAGAUUCAAUAUAUGGAAACACUCUUACUUGAAGACUUGUGCUUCCAUUGAUCAAGAACUUGAACAUAACCGGAAGAUUGACACAUUUUACAGUGGAACUACUGCACUCUCAAUUGUUAGACAGGGUGAAUUAAUUAUGAUAGCAAAUGUUGGUGACUCACGAGCAGUAUUAGCAACAACAUCAGAUAAUGGAAGUUUAAUUGCAGUUCAACUAACAGUAGAUUUCAAACCAAAUUUACCUCAAGAGGCAGAGAGAAUAAUGGAAUGUCAGGGGCGUGUGUUCUGUUUAGAAGAUGAACCUGGUGUGCACAGACUGUGGUUGCCAGAUGGAGAGUCUCCAGGACUUGCUAUGUCAAGAGCUUUUGGUGAUUAUUGUAUUAAAGAAUAUGGUCUUAUUUCAGUUCCUGAGGUAACUUAUAGGAAUAUAACCACUCAAGAUCACUUUCUUGUGCUUGCUACUGAUGGGGUUUGGGAUGUGAUAUCGAAUGAAGAAGCAGUAGAAAUUGUAUCUUCAACAGAAGACAAAGCAAAAUCAGCAAAACGUUUGGUGGAAUGUGCAGUGCAUGCAUGGAAACGCAAGAGAAGGGGUAUUGCCAUUGAUGACAUUUCAGCUAUUUGUCUCUUUCUUCACUCUCCACUUUCCACUCACCAUAUUAGCCCCAUUCACAUUGUUAAAUAGAUUCUUUUAUUAUCUUAUCAAAUGGGCCAAUGAAGCUCUAUUCAUGAGUUGGGUCCAUGUAAUCUCGGCCCAGUUACGGUUUAAUCAUAAAAGCAAUCGCAAUUUCUUCUUAUUUUUUAUUUUA